AUGAGUUUCUCCUAUGAAGAUGGAACCAAGUACUUGUUCACUCGGCCGUCAGAUGAUAAAUUUAUUGAAGGACUAAAAGAAUUCUAUGCGAAGAGACCUGUGGAGGAACAAGAAGCAGAAAAUGAGCGUGCUGUGAAAGAUUGCAAAUUGUCCAGUCAUUCAGAGAAUAUUGGCCGAGACGCUGCUUCACCAAUUAUGCAUUACCCAAACAUUAUUACGGUGGCAGAUGCCUCUUCACUUCCCGAGGGCUCAAAGAAUAUUUCUCAAAGAUCUGUCCUCCACGAAGUUUCAUCAGAAUCAAAUCUUAACCAGUACAUUGAAGAGCCAACUAUAUCAGAGCCCAGCUCCGUUGAUGCCAACGAUGAAAUGGUGGUGGGAAUUCCAGAGUCGCAUCUAGCUUGUAAAAUUUGUGGAGGCUAUGCAAAAGGAACUAAUUAUGGAGUACUUACGUGCGAAGGUUGUAGGACAUUCUUCAUUCAGUACAUCCACAUGAAAGAGGAUUUGAAAUGCCGAAGGAAUAACAAUUGUGUUAUCGACAAGUUCAUAACUAAAAAAUGUGCAAAAUGCAAAAUCGAAAAGUGCUUAAUGAUGGGAAUGGAUCAUAAUCAGCGAAAGACAAAGAAAAAGUCAACUUGUAGUAAGAAUGUGAGAACAAUGUCUUCAGGUAACCAGGUCUUCUUCCGUAGAUACGCUGGAAAGGACGUGAAAUUAUUGUGCUACUCACGAGGAAAUUGCAAUUUACUCGAGAAAUUUACGAAAUGUCAAAAGUGCCGUAUGAGAAAGUGUCUAGAAGUUGGAAUGAACAGAAAUGCACAUGUUCAAAAACAAAAUAAUCAGAAAGAAGCCAAACUGAGAAACGAGCAAGUAAUUGAAUCGAAGUUCAUAAAGGAAGUCAACAAAGUGGUCGAAAUCUUUAAAUUGAGUUGUACUUACAAGGAAGAGGUCAUUGAGAAUUUCGCGAAAAUUAACUUUGAUUUGACCCUCUUCAACGACCCACUGAUUGAUCGACUCAAUGCGUGGCAAGCUUAUGCUCCAAUAAUUGAUUUCGAGAACCGUCAGAGUGGACUCUUUGCGAAUCAUCUGCCAUUUAUCAAAACUUUUGAAAUAAGUGACAAGACUAUUCUGUUCAAACGGAGUAGUUUUUUGAUGUUUAUACUCAGAAACAUCACCAAGUUCAAUUCUGAUGGAUUCAUGCUUUCAUCUAAAGGAUCCAUUCCAUUCCAGACACUGGAAACUGUAUAUGGAGAUCAAACAAUUAUAAAUAAGAUUGUUUUGGUGUCCUCAGAGUUCCAAUCGAUGCAGUUGACACAUCAGGAACUAUCACUAUUCACCGCAUUCAUUUUUCUUCGUCCGUUUUCAAAAGAAGCUCAAGAUUGGAAAAUGUUCAAAGGAUUCUCCACACUGAAGGCAGUCCGGAACUAUUACAGAUCACUGCUCUACCAACUAUUGAAGAAGCGUGAGAACUCGAUGAAAAUGGUGACCGGUCUUGCUAAAAUGAACUCAAAACUAUAUGAGAUUAAUAAACUGCACAAUGAGACAAUUUCCUUCUUACAACUCAAUUCCCAAUUCAUGAAUUUACCUUCAUCCUUGUGUGAAGUGUACGAUAUCAAAAAACAAGAAAGAAAUUUGAAUCAACUGGAUGGAAAUACUGCAUAUAAUGCUGCAAAGACAAAUUCUUUUGAAGAAUCUGAAGAAAUUGUGAUUGCAAACAAACCAGAAGCACAAAACAUGGAAUGGGACAGUCUGGACCUUGAUGAUAUUGAAUUCGACAGUGCAGAAUAUGAUCUGAGUGAUGAGAACGAGGAGAUCCAACUGGACAAGUACUUGCAUUCAGACGAAGGUGAUAUCGAGUUUGAGAAUGCACUGUGCGCUGCGGAACAGGAAAACAAGGAUUUGGACAGCAUAAGUUAA